AUACGUAUUAUCCCCUCUAGUAUUAUAUUUAUCAAAAGGGUAGUAAGCUCUUGAUACUUAAUCAAGUGGUUUUGAUAUUGUGAUAUUAGUGUUUGAUAUUUAUGCUGUUUUUUUGUAUUAAGAGGUAUCGCUAUUCUGGCAUAUUGUCGUCUUAAAUAUAAAAUAUAAGUGAUGGAUAAUUCUACGGCACAAAGUGUAGAACAAACUUUUGGUAAAACGUUUCUGCAAUACUGUUUACAUAAUAAAAUAUUACUCAAACGUGAUAAAUGUGGUGCUUUUGAAGUGUCUGGGACAUCAAAUAAUAUUAGAACUUUAUCAGACUGUUUAUAUAUUAUUGACAACAUUAAAUUGGAAACAAAUAAGAAACUAAAAAAGUUACAAAAAGAAGCAUUGACUGCAGACUAUUCACCCUCUUCUGGAAAUAAUAAUGGAACAUUAUAUAGCAUACAUUCAACUUGGAACUCCAUCCAAAGGAAAUUUAAGAAAGGAAUAAGUUCAGAAAUCUUGCAGCCUGAUACAAAAUAUAAUGAAUGGAAGCCGCUAAUAGGUAUUAUACCAUUUACCGUAAGAAACCUGAGAUAAAUCAUUUGAAUAUAACAUUCAAAUUUUUAAAACAGUUGCAUACUAUAAUAUUUAGAAUCACUAAUUUUGAAAACAAAUGGGGAGCAAUUGUUCAACACAGACGUGAGACAGUAACAACACAUUUAUAUUUUAUAUCCUAUGAUGUAACAGGUCUUUUUGCUCCUAAAAUAUAAGGUA